GAUUAUGCAGGGCGGGGCUUACCUGCUCCCCCCAAAAAAUAUUUUAUUCAAGUUCGCGCCCCUGUCCUGAUGGCUAUGUUCUGCCUGCACUCUCAAAGACAGCAUGCUUCUGAAUAACCAUCUGAACCAAAGUCAUUUUGUUGAAUGGCUUUGUUGUUGUAAGUCAGUUUGAGUUGCUUUUGCAAGAGAUAGAGGAGAGAGAGAGAGAAGUGACUAAGAGAAAGAAAGAAAGAAAGAAAGAAAGAAAGAAAGAAAGUAAGUAAGUUCUAGUGGGGCUAAAUUUAUCUGAUUUAGCAACCUUUUCCUCUCCAUUUUUCUGUAAAGAAGCCCAAUAAACUACCAGUUAGUUCAGUGGACCAUAUACCAACUUUCUGCACAAGCAACAUAUUCUAGGCUAUUGCAGUCACAUAAAUAGCACCAUUCACAUCUAUUGUGGGCCAAUUUCAUCACUCAAUGAGAUUUUCCAUGCACUGACUGUCCCUAGGACUCUCUUUGAACUGAGAACGGUUGGUAUUCUACAAAACUGCCCGGCUUCCCAGAGUUGAUUUCUUCCAAAAUGGCAGCAUUUGAAACAUUGCACAGUCUUUACUGUAGCAAUACCAUAUCUGAAGAAAUGACUCAAUGUCGCUAAAAAUACAUUAAUACAAUGUGGCAUAUUUUCAUUUCUUUUAUCUUUCCUGUAGAUUGCUUUAACUAUCCAAAAGACGGACCAGCAUCUCCAAAGAAGUUCAAGAACGUCCCUGAGCUUGACUUCAGAGGCAGGUGCUCCUCUGUGUCCUCUGAGUGGGCCUUGGUAAGAGUUAUCCCAGAGGAAGAGUUGACGGAAAACAACCUUCUGGCUGUCCGGGUUAUGGUGACCAGUGAUGGAAGCAGCUCAGAUCUAGAGCCUGAUUUUGAUGGGGACGCAUCUAUCUCUGGAAGUGAUGAAGGGCUGUCCCCAUUGCCUGAGCCAAGGACCAGUGCCCCAUCCCUACGAAAGCCUGUGUUGCGGAACACAAGCUUGGGGAGGAAGGAAGAAGGCUAUGAAAAGUCCAAGGCUGCAAAUGGCAAGUUCUGUAAUGACUCAAUCCAUUCACGCCAUCAAGGGGUCAUUCAAAAGCUGUUGUUGUCCAGAGAGUGA